AUGUCUGUCCUUCUUUCUAUCCUGGCUGCCGGCAGCCUUCCAGCACUCAUUUUCGGAGCUCCGGUUCCUUCCCUUCCUUCUCGCAAUGUUGAUGAAGUUCAUUCUUUCCAGAAGCGCGGCAUAUACACUGUCUUUGGUGGAAAUGGAGACGUCUCGGAUGGCUGGCCUUCCCUAAGCGACUGGGUCUCGUCUUUCGAUGAAAUGUUCGAAGCCAACAAGGAGACCAUGUCCAGCUCUUGUGCCCAAUGGGCCGUUGCCAACAACUCCGAUGACGAGAUCAAUGACUUGUCCAACAGCAUCCAGUCCGUUGCCAGCUCCACUGGCGUUGACGCCCGCUUUAUCCUGGCUAUCGUCAUGCAGGAGAGCCAAGGUUGCGUGCGAGUACCCACCACCAACUACGGCGUUGUCAACCCGGGUCUCAUGCAGAGCCACGACGGUGCGGGAUCAUGCAACAACGGCGAUGUCCAGGAUCCAUGCCCGGCCAGUGAGAUCACUCAAAUGAUCAACGACGGUACCGCGGGCACAUCCAGCGGUGACGGUCUUCAGCAACUCCUCGCUAAGACGGGCGUUGACGACGUCACCAAGUACUAUAUGGCUGCACGACUGUACAACUCUGGCUCCAUCGCCAGUGACGGCAACCUGGGCCAGGGCAUUGCUACUCAUUGCUAUGUCUCUGAUGUUGCCAACCGUCUCACUGGAUGGUCCACGGGUGCCAGUUCUUGUGACUCGAGCACUAUUGGCGAUCUGACAGGCUCGAGUGGCUCGACUUCCCCCAGCAGCGCCACAUCAGCCACGACCUCUACCUCAGCCACUUCGACCACGGCCACCCCCACGGAAACUCCCACGGUGACCCCCACGGUAACCCCCACCACAGUCGCUCCAACCACAACCAGCGCGCCAGUCGCUACUGAACCGCCUGCAACUUUCACCACCACCACCACCACAUCACCGGUGCCAACAACUACCACAACACCAGUUACCACCACCGCAACCACCACAACAGCCUCUCCUACCUCUGCGGCUGCCACCGCAACAGCUUCGUCCGACCCUGUCUACCCUGGUGCCGUCUCUUCUUGCACGAAAUACUACACCGUGGUGUCCGGCGACUACUGCCUCCAGGUUGAGGCCGAAGUCGGUAUUACUGCGUCUCAGCUCAUGGACUGGAAUUCAGGUCUAGACGCAACGUGCUCGAACCUGUGGCUCGGCUACCAGUAUUGUAUUCAGGCUUAA